CUCUCUCCAGCCAUGGAUGACAUUUAUAAGGCAGCGGUUGAGCAGCUGACAGAAGAACAAAAAAAUGAGUUCAAGGCUGCUUUUGACAUCUUCGUGCUGGGAGCAGAGGACGGCUGCAUCAGCACCAAAGAGCUGGGGAAGGUGAUGCGGAUGCUGGGACAGAACCCAACCCCUGAGGAGCUGCAGGAGAUGAUAGACGAGGUGGAUGAGGAUGGCAGCGGCACUGUAGAUUUUGAUGAGUUCCUCGUUAUGAUGGUCCGGUGUAUGAAAGACGACAGCAAAGGAAAAACCGAAGAGGAACUCUCAGAUCUCUUCAGGAUGUUUGAUAAAAACGCUGAUGGCUACAUUGACCUCGAGGAGCUGAAAAUCAUGCUGCAGGCGACGGGAGAGACCAUCACUGAGGACGACAUAGAAGAAUUGAUGAAAGAUGGGGAUAAAAACAAUGAUGGCAGGAUUGACUACGAUGAGUUCCUGGAGUUUAUGAAGGGAGUUGAAUAAAUCUGAAGCCAGAUCGACAGCCUGAAUCUUGUAAACCCCUCCAGCCCUGCUUCUCAUCUCCUUGGCUAAGUCCCCUGGCUACCGGCAUGAAGACUGAGCACUGAGAAGGGUGGCCAUCGGGAAAAUAAAACGUGUU